CAAAUAGCACUCGAGAGACCCGACAGUUGCGGUUUGCGUUUGCCAACGAUAUAACGAAUUUCCCAAACUUACGGAAAGGUAAAACCUGAAAACAUUUACAUGACCGUUAAACAUCGUUCAGUGAUUAACCGAAGCAGUUUAGAAAUUAGAGUGCACGAAAAGCUUAUAGUGCUACCUAAUAAAAUUAUUUGUCGGCUACUAGUAUAACGUUGAUUUAUUUUAACACAAACCGUCAAGAUGUGCAGCGUUAUAUGGGAUUGUAUCAAAUGUCCAGCAAAAGUUUUGUGUUGUUGCUGUCAAUCCGCGGUAAAUAUGAUUUGUGGCAUGCUUUGUUCGGUCAUAGUACUAGCUGUCGUAAUCGCUGUGAUCGUGUACUUUACAAUGUAUUUCCAUAAGGGUAGAACCAGUGAACAUCAAAUGGUGCGGCAGCUUGUCACAACUGUACCUUUAACUUUUAAGGAUUACUUCCAGCACAAAAACUAAAGAAGUUUUUAUUCACUUUAAGACAGCAUUGUUAUUGUUAAAACUUCCUAUUGUUAGUUGUAAUAAACUAAAUAAACCUUUUUGAACAUUUUUAAAAGACAAA